AAAGUGCUGCUGAUAAAGGGAAAGGAGCUAGCUCCAGAUCCUUGCGCCUGAUAGUGUGUGACAGGCACAGAGACAGGGAUCGAGUCAGGAGCACAGUUAUCACCCUGCGCAAAGACUGGGAGAGGGAGACACAGAGAAACGUGUGGUAACCAAACAGCAGGGUGCAAUUAGAAAGCAACGAGUCCUUCAUUCUCUUCUCGUAGACACCAGGGAACAAUAUGGAUCUUCCCCAAGGCACUCAGGUUUCAUCUAAUUGCUCAGAGAGAGGCUCUUUCUAAACCCACCUGUGCUGCUUCCAGAUAGGAGAAGAGUUCUUGCUCUAUUUGGAAAUCCCAGAGAUGUGAUCACAAAGUCUUGUGCACUGUGCAGGGAAGAGCAUCCUUGGCACUUAGGGAGUGAAUGGUGUGUGUGCAUCUCCGCUCGAGGCACUGGUAGCCUUAGAUACUUGGAUUACUAGGAGAUCAGUGCCACCUGUAACUCAGAGGGCAGAGUAAGUAGUGCAGUUACUUUCAGAAGAAACGUAAGGUUUGCCUGGCUCUGUUCUUAACCUCCCUCUUUCUACAAUAAAAUGGAGAGUGGAAGAUUAUCCAGCACACAACAGGCGCUGAUCCGGGAGAGCUGGCAGAAAGUGAGUAGCAACCUCCUGCAGCAUGGCAUCGUCUUGUUUACCAGGUUGUUUGAUCUGGACCCUGACUUGUUGCCCCUCUUCCAGUACAAUUGCAAAAAGUUCUCCAGCCCUCAGGAGUGCCUCUCAUCGCCCGAGUUCCUGGAUCACAUUAGGAAGGUGAUGCUGGUGAUAGAUGCUGCUGUGACCCACCUGGAGAACUUGUCCUCUCUGGAAGAAUAUCUCUCCAACUUGGGCAAGAAACACCAGACAGUUGGUGUGAAGGUGGAUUCUUUCUCGGCAGUGGGAGAGUCCUUGCUGUUCAUGCUGGAGAAAUGCCUCGGUACUGCCUUCAGCCCGGACGUACGAGAGGCUUGGACCAGGCUGUAUGGUUCCGUGGUGAAAGCCAUGAGCAGUGGCUGGGAUGCACGUAAAGAGGGGGAAUAGACCUAGCAAGUUUGGGCUCUGGCUUUCCUGUUCCUAACCCAGCAGCAGCUCCGAGGAGAGCAUUGACUCUCCUUUCCAACCACACCUAUUCCAGGGCCAUCUCGGUAGCCCUCUCUGUCUUGCUUUGAUAUUACCCACAUCUCUGCCUCUGACGACGAUCCCCCCUUAAUUACAAUGAGCCCUUGCAUCCACUUCCAGGGGGCAGGGUAGAGCUGGGCUCAGCACACAGAGAUGGAAUGAGCUUGUCACAAACUGAAGCUGCCUUCCCUCAAAUUCCAAUAAGUUUGUCUCUCCACCUAAAUAUUCUCCUGGAGUCAUUGCAGGUUGGUUAAUCCUUGCUCUUUAUUCCCUCUGCAUUUGCCCUAGAAUAGAUCCCAGGCCCUUCCUCAUGUAAGGUUAAUCACAGCUGUGUGUAUUUCCUAGGGAGAGGCUGAGCAGUGUAGCUUUUUGAAGGUGGAACUGGGUUAAUCCCAGUGUAAGGCGGCUCUUACCAGGUCUGAGCUGCUAGCUGGCUGCAUUUGGAGUGAGUUGGCUGGCUGAUUUAACCUGAAAGCCAGCUGAAAUGCAGCAGCUAUCAGUGCUUUUUAAAAUGUCUUCCCCUAAAGUCAAUUACAUAAAGUAAGUACAAAUACAGACUUUGUAUUAGAAUUAAAGUGACAGAUGCAGCUUUCUCCUGGGAGCAGCUUCCAAAAAUCAUCCUGGUUCUUGGCCAAAGAGAAUAUAGCUGGAAUUCUUCCCAUUUACUGAUCAUUUACAUAUUUAUAGCUUCCUGGGCCCUUAGGGAGAACUCCUACCCAUCACUGAAAUGCAGCCACUCCUGGGGUGGAAUAAGACACCUGAUUAACAGCAUACAACAAUGCUGUGCCCCACUUUAGGACAGGAAUUGAGUAAGAACCAAUAUCCAAUUGAAAAUAUGGGAGGAAUGUUCAGGAGGUAGAAUAAUUGCUUUAAUUGGAAUUUGACCUGAACCCCCGGAAUAAGAUCCUGACUCCUGUGAAAAGUGUCCCAUGGGAUUUUAAAUGACCCCAUGUGGCUAGGAACUCGGUUGUAUGUCUUAUCUGAGACAUUGCUCCUCCAGAAGUACAGCGCACCCUGUUUGGGGUGUUGGUACAGACUGAGGGAAGAGCACAUCCUACUGAACGUCCAGCACUGCUUCCUACAGGACCUGGAUUUUCCAUGCAGAUCUCUCAUCCGAGCACGGAGUAGGUACGACUCACUGUUAUGUUAAUGUAACUGCUACCCAGUGCCCUCGUGACCCUCACCUUGUAACAAGAGCUCACGUCUGUGGUUUUGGAGCAGCUCUGUGCCAGUCGGCCAGUUAGAGAAUCCUCAGUUGCAUAUUCUAGGGAGGCUAGUAUGGGUGUCCUGGAUAUGAAAUGCUCACUGAGUUCACUGCAUCUCUGAUGGCUGCAGCUUCCUUUUAUCCAGAGGGAUCCUCCUCUUCUCUCCUUAUAGGUUUUUGGGCUCCACUCUUCUUUCCCUCUUCUGCAGGCUCUGACUACGGCACCAGAUCUUCCCCCUUACUACUCUCUCUCUAUGUAAGCCAAGCUGGGUGGAUGUGGUAGCUCUCCUCUAACCUGCAACUCCUGGCUAGUUAGGGAGGGGGAAGCUGGCCCUGGAUCCAGGAGACCAGUGCUGGCUGUGCCUGUAUAUCCCAGGAAGGGAGAGUUAGGUGCUCCCCUGUGGAGUUUUGAAAGGUGAUCAGUGCAUAUCCAAUACCUUCUCUGCUGCUGUAAACCUAUGAGGUCAAAGACUUGUUUGUGCGUGCUGUGGCUGGGUGGGCAGCUGCGUGUGAUGAAUAGAUGUGUGUGGGUAUGAACGACCCCCUGACCAGCUUUCAUAGUCCCUCAAGCUCACCUGCUCUCUGCCAUGUUUUGUGUAAUUCCUAAGAGAAAUAAAGCAGCUGUUUGUGUAUG